UUACUUACAAUUUAUGCUCGAAAUAGAGAGGCUUCUAGAAUGGUUUGCUACACUUUUUAAAACGAGGAAUUUUGUCGAGUUUACGUUACACGUCCCCCGAAAUAUGACAUUUCUUAAACAAAAUACAGACGCCAUUAUUUAAUUUUGUGUCCUUGUUUAGAAAGAUAAGAUCCACUUAAGAAAAUAUUAAAAUACUAAAACGUGUGUGCUAAAAUAUUAGUGUUAACUUUAAAGGACUUAAAUAAUGAAUUCUAUACUAGUUACCGGUUGUAAUCGAGGAUUAGGGUUAGGUUUGAUAAAAAGUUUAGUGAAAGACCCAAAUCCCCCAACAAAUAUUAUAGCAACAUGCCGGAGCACAGCGAAAGCCAAGGAAUUAUGCGAAAUAAAAGAAAAAUAUCAAAAUGUGCAUUUGUUGGAGUUGGAAUUGGAAAAGCCUGAAACGUUUAAUAGUUUCGCAGAAAGAGUGAAAGAUAUAGUAAAAGAAGAUGGACUUAAUGUACUUUUUAACAAUGCGGGAUACGCUCCCAGGACCACCAAAUUAACAGGAGUGAGAACUGAAGAUUUAAUGAAAGCUUUCGAAAUUAAUACUGUUGCACCUAUGAUGCUAACAAAGUGUCUAUUACCUUUGAUCAAGUUGGCCUCAGAAAAAAAUCAAGAUAAACCAAUGGGGAUUAGUAGGGCUGCCAUUAUAAACAUGUCAUCAAUACUUUCUUCUAUAACCUUAAACACCAAGGAGGCAGACUUUAAUUUGGGGAAUUACCCAUACAGGUGUUCAAAGGCUGGUCUCAAUAUUUUUACGAGGUCCUUAAGUAUUGAGCUUAAUCAAAAUUGUAUAUUGGUCACUUGCAUUCAUCCAGGAUGGGUUAAAACUGACAUGGGCGGACCCAGAGCAGCUCUAUCGGUUGAAGAUAGUAUAGAUCAAAUUAUGAAGUUUGUGAAAAACUUAAAUAACACCCACAAUGGAGAUUUCCACGACUAUGGUGGUGAUAAAUUGCCUUGGUAGAACUGCUUUUUUAGUUUAGUUUAGAAAAUAAAUACUGUAUUAAUAUAAAUUUAUUUUUUACUUAAAGAAUAUUUUCCUUCUUUAACAAUCCUAAAUUUAACCUACAUAAAUGGCAGUAAUUUAUCACAUUUGAUUUAAAAUUAUCGUCUACAUUCAUACAAAAUAUGGCCAAUGUUUAAUGGCGAAUCUCCCGUUAUAUUUAUGGUCUCAGUGUCGACCUUCCAAAACGAUCUGUCCUUGAAAAAGUAAGUCUCCCCAUUCCAGCUUGUUACUGCAUCUAGAUGGCUUGGUACACCCCUCCAUCUUUCCAUGGACAGUGGAUACCCUUUGUCUAAAGCCCUUGUGGAUUC